AUGGCAAAGCCCUCGCCUCCAUUAUCGUUGGCCAUUGUAGGCUCAGGUAUCGGCGGUUUAGCACUCGCGAUCGGGCUGUUGAAAGUGGGUGUGCCAUGUACUGUUUACGAGGGCGCUGCUCGAUUGUAAGAAGCUAUCACAUUUUAUCUGUCUCUGUCAGACCCCCCAAACGCACAUACAGCUAGGAUUACUCCCUACUGCAUUUGAAAUACUGCACCCUGCAAUCUAGAACACACAUCUAAAUGAAAAUCCCAAGGCUGACUUUGAAGUGAUAGCGAUGCGAUAGGCGCAGGCAUUGGACUAGGUCCAAAUAGCAUGAAGGCAAUAGAAUUAAUGGACGAAAGAUUCGCGCAACUAUACGACGAAGUAAAAGUGGGAAACAAAGCACCUGAAAAGAUACAUGAACAGAUUGAGAUUCUCGGCGCUGAAGAGGGAUUUGGCGCGCUCACUGGGUGGACGGGAGGUUCGGUAGGCCAUCCAGAAUUCACUCGAAGUAGCGCGCACAGAAAGGCACUUUUGGAUACCAUGAAGAGUUUGAUUCCGGAAGGGACAGUCAAAUUCAACAAGAGGGUCGUAUCACUGAACCAGGAGCGUUCGACAAAAGUUGAAUUCGAAUUUGGGGAUGGGGAAAGAAUAAAGGUCGAUGCGGUCAUUGGAUGUGAUGGAAUCAAAGGAAUGACAAGACGAGAAGUCCUAGAGUCAAGAUUUCCUGAGGAGGUACCAGCAAAAUAUUGCAACGAAUACGUCUAUCGAGCUAUAACGUCAAUGGAAAAUGCGAAAGGAAUCCUGGGGACACAUGCGGAAAAUGCGGAAUGGUUCAUGAUGGAAUCCAAAGGUGUAGCGAUGUAUCAAAUUUCCAAAGGCGCAGAGUUGAACGUAGUAGUCUUUGUUGAAGACAAGAAACCAUGGCAAGGUGAACAAGUCGCCACGGAGGUGACGAGGGAAGCGAUGAUGGCCGAUUUAGAAGGAUUUGACAAAAGGCUUUUGAAGUUGAUGGACGUAAGUGCUAGCCCGGCUACGAAUAUUGCGAAGGCCUUCGCAUCUACUAACAGUCAAGCAGUACGCAAAGCCUAUGAAAUGGCCCCUCUUCCACCAUUCCGAUACACCGACCUAUUAUAAAGGCAGAAUUUGCCUGCUAGGUGACUCAGCCCAUGCAUCCAGUCCAAGUCAAGCAGCGGGAGCUGGCCAAGGACUUGAAGACGCGUUGAUACUUUCCAAACUUCUCGGUCUCGUCAAUAGUCCAGAUGAACUAGAUGUCGCAUUCCAAGUAUACGACUCCAUUCGACGGCCACGUGCGCAGCGUAUUGUGCAAGAGAGCAAGGUAGUAGGAGAAGGAUAUUUCCUUACACAUCCUAAAUUCGGUCAUGAUCUGCAGAAGGUUACAGAUGAUGCCAACGAGAGGUUGCCGAAGAUAUGGUGGCAUGGUUUAGCAGCAGAUUUGAAGGCAGCUGAGUUGGACUUCAAGAGACUAGUGGGUACACCAGUAAAAGACGAGGUUCAGAAAGGGUAA